AUGGAAAGUUUUUUUCCAACAUGUGAACUAUUUGGUCAUGUGAUUGAUUGUUGGAGUCAAGUGUUGAAUCUUGAUGAAAAAAGUCAACGUAAAGAUAAAUUCAUUGAGAAUCUGUUGCUUUCUAUUGAAGAUAUGGACGCAAGCCUACGUUACGUUGGAUUGCUUUUCCUACCAGUCGUCCGUUCCUUCCACAUUUUCCUUUUUGUGAUCAAUCUACAACACCCAGAGUUUGUAAUCAUUGACAACAACAAAGUUGAUGAUCAUAUUGAUGAGAGAUAUGGUUAG